UGAAGCUACAGCGUUGAGUGCAUUUUAGAAAUCUUGCGCGAAGGAGGUUGAAAAUUGCUCAGAAAUGCAGACGAUUUUUUUUUUUCGGACAAUACUUGGGUUAUUUGUGGGUGACAAAUCAUUUUCCGGGGUACUUUUACGGUGAAACAAUAUCAAGACUGCCGGUGGAGGGAAUCGUCUAACGGAAUUGGCUGGCAUCGAUACUAUGGCAAAAACAACCUCGAGUUUGUUCCAGAUUCCGGAGAAGAGACCUGGACCGUGCGGGUCGAGUGUCACAGCGUUUUGCGAUGUGCCUAACUCAGAUGACAGUAGCCACCGACACGUCAGACGGGUGCACCAUGAGAACACCUACCACCUGGAGCCUCCCGUCAAGUUCAGGCUAGAUCUGGUUCAACCAAUUCUCGAUAGGGUGUUAGCAGCGAACUUACACGAUAGAAAAUACGAUCCCUUGGAAUGUUCAGUUUUGGCAAAGUCUCUGGCGCAGGACAUUAGAGUGAAAGUCAAAGAGUUGGGAUUUAAAAGAUACAAGAUUGUGAGCCACGUGACAAUCGGAGAGAAGAAAGAGCAAACAGUCCGGAUGGGAAGCCGGUUUUUGUGGGACACUGAACGGGACAACUACGCUUCAGCCAGCUUCGAGAACAUCCAUUUGUUCGCCACGGCCACUGUGUUCGGUAUCUACUUUGAGUGAGAACCGUGCAAGCUCAUCCCAAUAAUCACAUAUGAUAAUACUUCACAUCUCAUAAACUGUUUCAUUCAUUUCUGCAGCGGCUUGACCUGCUUUGUUCACUGUUGUGCGGAUAUUUUAAAUCAUCAUAUUAACGCGAAAAAAUAUAAGAAAAGAGGUUUCAUCAAUUUCAUUUUUCUUGAGCCGGACAUGAAUAACCUUGUUUUAUGGAAACGCUUUAGUGAAGGUCAAUACUACUUUCCUAUCUGACUCGCUGUCUGUGUGCUAACGGCCUAACAGGGGUCGAUGUCCAUGUAAUCUUUGCCACAGAUGUUCUCAACGCCUCGAUGGAACCCAAGAAAAGUUUACUAAAGCUUCAUUUUGGUUUCUUUACACAUACAUCUACUUUUAUCCUGUUAAAAUUUUCAUCAUUAUAAUAUGUUGUUGACGUGUGUUUUUUGCCAAAAUGAUACAAUGGAUUUUUAUUGAUAUGUGAGACCAUUAUUUGUGUACAUUGUUGACGAUUAAAUUAACAGAACAGUUUGUGGAAUUUCACGUUGUAUAUGUAUUACAUGUACUUCUACCUGCAUGGCUUCCAAGAAGAUACACCUCACUUUCUUUGUCCUCUCUAGCCUAAUUCAGAUCACGAAUACAUAGUGAAAUAUUGUCCAAUACAGGUUUAAACAGAUCUUAUUUGUGGAUAUGAUGAUGAAAAAUCAAUGAAAAGGAGAUGAUAAUAUAGGAUUUUUUUCUUAUACCAUAAUGGAGUAAUUAUCCAUUUGCCUCAUUUAUUGCCCAUGUUUUUACACCGACAUGAUAUAUAUUCAGUUGAG